UUAAGUAUUUGCAUAUGAUAGAAAGGGCCAACCCUGAGGACCCCCCGACCACUCUUGUCUCAUUUCCCACUGCCCCAUGUCCCUUAGAACAUGGAGGAAAUUAUGGCAGUUUUCUCCACCCUCACCUUAUAAGAGCUAUCUCUCCCCUCUCUGUCUUGUCUCUCUUACCCUCCUAAAUUUCCAAUAACCAUAACCAAUCAAAAAGAAAAAGAAAAUCCCAACCAUAAAAGCUCUCAUACAACAUCCAACCAUAAAAGCUUUCAUACAAUACAUCAAACACUUGUUAGUUCUUGAAGCAACAAUAGCAUCCUUACCAAGUGAGCAACACCACAUCAAAAGAAAAACAAAAGAAAUGAAAAGAAACCCACUUUCCACACCAUCAUUGCAAUCAAAUCCAACUACAAAAACAUCCAUAUAAUCUGCAAUACCUUGUUCAUCACCUUUCUUGAAUCCUUUUGACACUUAAGGAAAAAAAGAAUAUUCAUCUCUCAGAGAUUGCUAAUUCAGCAAAGCAGAGAUCAAAAGAAGAAAAACAAAAAUGGAGAUUGAGCAGGUAAAGUGUGAGUGUUGUGGACUCAAAGAGGAUUGCACACAAGACUACAUCAGUCAAGUGAAGGCCAAAUUUGAUGGGAAAUGGUUAUGUGGGUUGUGCUCAGAAGCAGUUAGAGAUGAGGUUAGCAAAGGCAGCAACAAGUCAUUUGGUAUGGAAGAAGCUGUGAGAGCUCACAUGUCAUUUUGUGGCAAAUUCAAAUCCAACCCUGCAGUUAGAGUAGCAGAUGGGAUGAGGCAGAUGCUUAGGAGAAGAUCUGACAUGUCCUCAUCACCAUCUUCUUCCUCAUCAAAGAAGUAUACAAGAUCAGCAAGCACAUCCCAAGUGGGUGAUUCUUCUUCUUUCUCAUUGUACUAAUUGAAAAGAGAGGAGGUGGCAAUGGCAUCUGUUUCUUGGUUGGAAUAAUUAUAUUAUAUAUAUAUGAAGGUAGUUAAUUUCAUGGCUUAUGAGUUAUGUUUCUCUCACUCAAUCUUUAGACUCUAAGUCUUGUACAGGGGGAAUUUUUAUUCCUAGUUUUGCUUUAUCAUGUUCCAUUUGAUAUGGGGUAUGUUUCACUCUUCUUUUCUUGGUCAGAGAGAUUAAAACUGCUAAAAUGAAUGAGGAAACUAAAUCCAUCAUCCUUCUUUUUCUUUAGUAAAUUAAUUUCCAAAACACCAGAUAUAUAAACCCUUUUUUUUUUUCCCCUUUUGAACUUUGCUUUACAAGAGACAGCCUGAGUUUUCUCUUUUUGUCUUUUUGUCUGCUCAUUCUGCUUUUCUUAAAGCAUCAUGAUAUUCUUUUGAUGACUUAAAAGUUGUUUCAAGAUAGAAUUCCAUUCACUGUUUUACAAGAAAGCUUUGUUUUACCUUGCAGUCAAAUAAACUUGUUUAGACAUCAA